AUGCAGCAACAAAAGCGGUGCUACAACACUCAAACUUCAGACAACGAAACAACUACACUCGAAACACUUCCCCGCGGAAUGUCCGAUGUCCUCAACGACGAAUUUCUUCAAAUGCAAACAUCUCAUUUGUCAAAAAAGAUUUUGAUGGUUGGAAAUGAUGGGGUUGGAAAGUCAUGUUUUGUUGGUCAAUUUUGUAACGGAGUUUACAAGGAGAACAAAGACAAUCAGAUGUGUCAACUGAAACUGGUACAUUUUAAUGAACUUGAGAUGCAACUUCAAAUAUGGGACGUCUGUGGCCGUCAACGGAAUUGUAUGAUGUCGGGAAAAUAUUAUGACAAGACUGAUGGGAUCUUUUUAAUGUAUGAUGUCACGGACCCCGUCUCGUUUGAGAGCGUGAAGGGAUAUAUGAAAGAUAUCAAAUAUCACUCGCCGACAACCGCAACGAAGUUUUUGGUUGGGAACAAAAAGGACUUAGCCGCAAAUCAAAAUGUCUCGCCACAUGAGGCAGAGGAACUUGCGCGGAACGAGGGGUUUAUAUUUAGAGAAAUCUCAACGAAGUCAAAGAGUGAAGUCGAUGACUUAUUUCAAUUAAUGAUCGAAAAGAUCGGAAUGAAGGAGGGAGAAAAACAAAUUAAUGACAGUUUGGAAGAGGUCCCAAAAACUAAAAAGAAACAAAAAAAGGAUUGCUGCCUUAUUUGUUAA